AUUCAUGCACAUACCAUCCAGGUGUGCCAGUCUUUCAUGAUGCUCUCAAAGGUUGGUCAUGUUGUAAGAGAAGAACAACGGACUUUUCUGACUUUUUAAGCAUUGUGGGCUGUACAAAGGGUCUCCAUAACAGUGAGAAACCUCCUGAGCCUGUUAAACCAGAAGUCAAAACUACCUCUGAACGAAAGGAGCUAGCUGAAGUGAAACCCAAAUUUCAAGAACGCAUAAUUCAGGCACCAAAACCAUUGGAAACAAUUAAAAGGCCAAGCCCAGAUGAGCCAAUGACAAAUUUGCAGCUGAAAGUGUCAGCUUCCUUGAAGCAAGCACUAGAUAAACUGAAACUGUCAUCAGAAAAUGAAGAGAAAAAAGAGGAAGACAGUGAUGAAAUCAAGAUUGGGACGGCAUGUAAAAAUGCAGGCUGUUCAAAAACAUACGAAGGACCACAUAGCACAGAAGAAGUAUGUAUAUACCAUUCUGGUGUACCUAUAUUCCAUGAAGGGAUGAAGUAUUGGAGCUGUUGUAAAAGAAAAACAUCUGACUUCAAUACAUUUUUAGCUCAAGAAGGCUGCACAACAGGAACACACGUAUGGACUAAAAAGGACGCGGGUAAGAAAGUAGUUCCAUGCAGGCAUGAUUGGCACCAGACUGGAGGAGAAGUGACUAUUUCUGUAUAUGCUAAAAACUCUGUUCCUGAUCUAAGCUACGUAGAGGCAAAUAGCACAAUGUUAAAUAUCCAUAUUGUAUUUGAAGGAGAAAAGGAAUUCCAUCGCAGUGUGAAAUUAUGGGGAGUAAUUGAUGUAAAGAGGAGUUAUGUGAACAUGACGGCUACAAAGAUUGAGCUUACUAUGAGAAAAGCAGAGCCCCUAUUAUGGGCAAGUCUUGAACUACCAGUACCCAACACACAACAAAAAAAAGAGAAUUCAGAUCAAUAAUGAUUCCAAGAGACAAGUUAUUUCCCAUUAUGAAGUGGUGACUUGCUACUGUAAUCAAAUACUUAACUUUUGUAUAGAUUCGGGGUUUUUUUAUGCUAGAUGAUGUGUUCCUUUCUACAAAGAAAUUUGACGCACAGUAAAUGGGGGUGUAAACUUGAAGAGUAAUAGCUAUUGCUGCUCUUGCUCCCAUGAGUAUAUUUAUGCUAGUUGGCGUGUCUCCAUGGGGAUUUAGAGUAAAAGAGCUAUUGCCCUUUGCUUACAGCCUUACCUGCCACGCACUGACUGUCCAAAUAGAUGUGUUCUCAGUCCACUGUGUGUUAAUUGUUCAAGUGUUCGGUUUAGUCUGGGUCUACUGGGUAGCACAUGUUAAAUUUAGCAGUGUUCAUUAUGAAGCAUAUGGUAAUACAGAUACAGAAAUCUGAGUUUAUGAAGUGAUUAGCAUGCAGUUUUACAUCUAGAAUAAAAGGCACAGAAACAUAAAUAUGAAAGAACACUUGUAGACUUGCAUUGUUGUCUUCUGAAACUAAGGUUUGUUUCAAUACCUAUUGGCUUUGGAGGGAUAGAAUAAAUGGUAUUUUGGUAAG